AUGUUUGUAACUGAUGAUGACUUGGCUCUUCUCGCUGAGUCGUUUCCUGGUUUCAAGGAGCUUGUCUUGCUUUGUUGUGAAGGUUUUGGGACUAGUGGUAUCGCUCUUGUUGCCAACAAGUGCAGAAAGCUGAGAGUACUUGCUCUGAUUGAGUCUGAAGUGGCUGAUGACGAGGCAAAAGUUAAUCAUCAGACUCUUGCUCGAAUAUCAACUCUGAACAGGUUUGAUGUUGUGGACCUGACUGAAGAUGGAACUGAUGAUGUAGAAGGACUGCAUGUGACUGCAGCAUAUGCUGCAAAUCUGUUGUCAAAUGAGCCUGCGACAUGGCUAAACUGUGUGUUUCUGAAAAUCGUUGCAGCUAAAUCUGGAGUAGAACCUUCUAGUGUUGUGGAGCUAGCAAGACACGUGAAUAUGCACUGUCCGAAUCUGGUGUUCUCUGGUUUAAUGACUAUUGGGAUGUCUGACUAUACUUCUAGUCCAGAGAACUUCAGGACACUUACAAACUGUCGAGCUGAGGUCUGCAAGGCACUUGGAAUGUCCGAGGAGCAAUUUGAACUGUCUAUGGGCAUGUCCGGUGACUUUGAGCACUUGAAGAUCUAA